CUUUUACGUUUGGGAUUUACAACACCUUUUAUUUUAUUUUUUCCUUUAUUUUACAAAAUCGCAGAAUGCAGCUCAUACUGUUUUUGAUCCAUCUUUUGAUAUGCUCCAUUGGUAAAGGAUGAACGCCGUACAAAAUAGUCUAUAUAAGUGAAGACAGCGGAUGAAUUAGUUCAUGGAGGGUUGGUUGGCUUGAUCGAGCCAAGCCUUGAACUUUGCAUCGUUCUGCCGUUGGCUUGAUGAGGGAGGGAAUCGACUGGCGCCUAGUAAAGUGUUUUCUAAGAACGAUGGUGGAAUCAGUCUACUUGCAUGAAUGGCAUCCAUUUGAACCUUGCAGGUCACGUACCUUGUUCGUCGUCGUCAGACUCUUCGCCUUCGUCUUCCUCAUCCCCGUACUCCUCUUCGUCUUCCUCUUCCCAUUCUUCAUCCUCCAUUCGUUCUAUUGAAAUAAACACCCAUGAGUAAUGUGAUAAGGAAUAAUGCUACAGACUCCGUCUACUUACUUGAACCCGAAUCCAUCGGUACCUCAGUACCCUUGGAAACCUUCAUAUCGUUCAUCAACUUUGACAACUGCUGCUGUCGAUGCUGUUCCUCCUUCUCUUGCUAUAAUUGGUGUUAGUCGACACAUCAUACACAGUCAUUCAUUACAAUUGAUUGUCC